AUGCGUUUAUAUGCGAAAAAGAAAAGAUUGAGUCUUUAUCAUAAGUCAACAGCAGUGCAACGAAUGAAAAUCACUGCUAUAUUAUUAACUGGUCGAACUAAGAUCUUCGAAAUCGAACCUGGUGAGAAAGUCCUUAAGUUGAAACUGCUUGCUUCUGAGUGGUUGGCCGUGCAUCAUCAUAGUCUUAAAGUUGGCUAUUAUAACAUGGACAGCAAUCGUACAUUUGAGUCUUAUGGGAUUACUGCUGACACAAAGAUUCCAGUUAUACUUACUAACAGAUCAGUACCUUUGCACGAUCUUGAGGAUGCCUUAGAGAGUGAUUUGUGA